AUAGGUGAGUAAUGGUGCCAUGGCAACAGGCUGCGGCCUCCAGCUGGGCUGACCACGGUGCAGUGGGCUGUGGAGACAUGCUAAAUGACUCCAGCACAGGACACUUCACAUACACUACUACACGCUACACACACACGGGAUGGACCGAUUCAGACUCAUUCAGACAUACACUGCACAUCCUUAUGGAAUGCUAUUACACUGAUGAUACAUCAGUAAUCAAAAUUCUUCAAUGAAACUUUUUUUCUAAAUCUUUGGAAUUCUACAAGCGUCCUGGAUUAUUAUAAAUUCCUAUUCAAUUCCUAAAUUCCACAAUAUUCCUCAUCUCCCCUCUGCUAACACUGGACAGCAGCCAUGCAUAAAGCCUAUCAGCCGCUCAAACCCGCCACUAAUAAGUACCUGCAGAAGAAAUGGGACCAGACACGCUUUGAGAUGCAUCGUCAGAAGGUGAAGGACGCCAAGCCUAUAGUGAACACCAAGGGUAUGCAGACACCCAGUCAUGUCCAGAUGAAGCUGAAGAAAGUACAGGUUCAGGACGAGAGGCAGGCCAUUAUAGACAGAGAUAAUCAGCUGCUGGCGUCCAGGCUGACUGGGAUCGAGCGCUCUAAAGGGCUCGUAGACCACAGGAAUGACUAUCCGGAGCGCAGUCUGAAUUCUGAGAGGAGGAGGAAGGAGCUUCAGCAGGUGACACAUGAGAACCUGGCCAUCUACCAUCGAAUCACAGCGCGGGAAUCUGAGUACAGGCGGGGUCUGUGGGAGGAUAACUGGGAGAGGGUGGAGAGAAGACGAGACGAUAUUGCACGCUAUCCACGAGGAGUGGCCAAUAUACAGAAAUCCAGUAAGAAUGUGAAGUUUUCAGGAGGAACACCAGACCAGAGUCGGAGCUCCUCCAGCAGAACAGAAGAUGAUGUCUCUACAGAAGAAGAUUAAUUACACUAAUAUUCUAGAUUUCUCCACAUUAAAAAAACAAACCAAAACCCUGGAAAAAAAUGGUGUUUACAUGCAGUUCAUAAUCUGAUCACUUCUGAGGAAAAGAUUCUCCAACAGGAAUUAAGUCUAGUCAAGACUAAACCACAUCCUCCAUUGUAAGGGAAAUAUAAUCAAUGACAAGGCCUUAUUUCUGUCUAGGAUAUUGACCGGCGUAUUUUAGUGAUCUAUAGUGCACCAGUCAAUUGUGUCGCUUGAAACACGCAAAAGGUGCGCCAACAGCUCAUUUAAUGCAACAGCAAUGUUAUUUUAUUCUUUAUUCUGUUUAUUGUUGAGUUAAAAGCUGUAUUUGUGUGCUGCAGUGCAUUUAUUUAUGUGUGUAACAAGCAGGGGUGUACACACACUGAGUGCACACAAUGCACACGGCACUCCUGCGUGGCUAAGAGAGGAUUUGGCAGCUGACUGCUGACUCUUGUCAGGGUUUAAAUUGGUCAGUGGCGCACCUGUAUUUUCUGCUGCCAAAAUUGCAACACUGCACGCAACAGAAAUGUAUCUGCACACACCUCACUUAUAGAUCACCACGCCCGUCAGUGUAAAUAUAUUCUGAAACUGCAACACUAUUUUAACGGCGUGGGCACAGGGCAUGAAAAUGAACUGUUGACGGGGUGUAACAUACCAACGGCUUGCGCAGGGUGUGCAAUAAGGCCCAAUGUGCUUACAUGAACUUGGGUAAUCAGAUAAAAGAAAAACUCAGAGUUUAUAUGAGCCAGACAAUAAAACGUGUUUUUCUUUACAACCAACCAAUAAACUUACAGAAAACCCCAAAACCCAUCAAGUGUUUAAAAAGUGUUGAAUGUUACUUUGAUUAUUUCUGGUACCAUGAUCUGAAAUCCACACAUACGCAGACUGAGCAAUACAAGAAUACUUUAAACUGAGAGUAAACAUGCACUAGUAGAUAUAAAUAAUGAUCUAAUCCAGCACUCUUUUCCAAUUUUUUCAAUCUGUUCUUAGAAAGUUCUUAGAAAGUUUUGAGUUGACAUGGCUUAUUGAAUGAAUAGAAAACUGCAGUAAUCCGAUUAUGAGGUAACUGUAAUUGAUAACACUCCUAUUUACACUGGUCCCUGCAAACAAAUCUGCUGGUCAUCUGGAAAUAACAUACCCUCUGCUGGUUGGCUAGAUCUUUAACUAGCUCUUGGUCAACGUAUGGUAUGUUUUCUCUAGAUGACCAGUUAAAUUUGAGCUGGAUUUUUUAACAGAGAUGCUUUUCACUUGCAUCUUCAUUCCAGUGGUUCUCAGACCAGUCAUUUGGUAACUCCAGAUGAUUCACAUGUUUGGGUGGGAUUGGAGAAAAUAUUUACAUUAUCUGUACGUUCCUGAGAAAUAGUUUAGGAAUCAAUGCUUUAGAUGUUAAAUAAAAAAGAAAUUAAAUCCUGAUGUGUGUAAACUGCACUGAGUUGCUUCACCACUGGAUGGCAGCAUGAUUCUCUGCAAUAACGGGACCCUGCUCAGUGCACAGGAGCAGCCUUGGGCUAUCAGAUCUCUUUUAAUUAAAACAGCUGGGAAAGGCAGGUAAUAAAAUAAAGUUUAAAAAGUACCUGAAGGUCUUUCUGAUGCUGAGACUUGAAAUGACCGAAAGUGAACCGUGGUAAUAAAUGGCCACAGAGCUGUGUGUAGUACGUGCUCUAAUUUCAUCUAUGCAUGAGUAUUGAUCUCAACAUUUCAGCGAGGUUUGAUGGGGGAUGUCAUAAAUGGGUCUUGUUAUGCCACAAAUUCAUGUUACUGCGUCCCUUAGGCCUAAAGGGUCUACUGGCACUUCAUUUAUUCCCUUUUUUGAUGUUGCAUGAAAAAAUCAAAAAGAUCUGUGUCUGUAUCAUUUAUUUUCAGUAAGAAAUAUAUUAAUAAAAUAUAAAGUGGUUAGUUUGUGGGCAAUAAGACUGCACAGUAGUAUACUGUAAAUGUGCACCUGCACAAUAGUUACAUAGCAGGAAGUGGUCAUGUCGACCAAAUACUAUACACUAUACACAUGUCAAAUCUAGCUGGAUACUAAUGGAAAAUUGGUACUACUUUAUUAAUGGUUGUUAUUUAGCUUAUACAGCUCUAGAAAAAAAUAAGAGACCACUUAAAAAUGAUGAGUUUCUUUGAUUUUACCAAAUUGAAAACCUCUGGAUUAUAAUCAAUAGAAAGAUGGAUGAUCACAAGUCACCAAACCAAGCUGAACUGCUUGAAUUUUGCACCAGGAGGGGCAUAAUGUUAUCCAAAAGCAGUGUGUAAGACUGGUGGAGGAGAACAUGCCAAGAUGCAUGAAAACUGUGACCAAAAACCAGGGUUAUUCCACCAAAUAUUGAU